AUGGAAUUUUUCACGAAUCUGCUGAGUAUUCCGAGUAGCGAACGAGCUGGUAGAUCAGUUCAACAAGUAUUAUCAGAUUUAGAUUCGAACUGGAAUAUCGUCAAGGACACCCUCACAACCCCAGACGAACGACAGCUUCUGCGUGGUAUACAGGCUACAGACGUACCAAAGCGAUUAUCAAGAAUUGUAGACACUCUCGUAUUGGAAAGUGGUCGCUAUGAAGACAUUGAAGAAACUCCUCCUGCUCUCGACUGGUUUCUGUCACAAGAUAUAUUAUCUAAGCUCGUAUUCUUAUCUGCAUCCGAUAGACCUCUUGGGAUUAAAACCGAAGUUCUCAAGGCCGUGUCUAACCUUUGUGUCACUAUGCAGUCUCACUUUUUCGUACAGGCUCCUGUACACAAGCCACUCGUACACCUCCUCAAAAUAUGCACCGGCGAUGACUUGCCUUCUCCACGCUCAACGACGCUCAAGGGCGCCGCGAGCACUGCUGGUACUUCUCAGCCAUCUCAAUAUGAAGAACAUUUGGUUGAUCUUCUCUGUAUUCUUUGCAACAAAAUCAAGUCAUCUCCCUCACUCCUUCACAUCUUCUUCUUGGACAGGUCGUGGAUUAGAUACCCAACGAGGAGCAGAGCAGACUCAGAACACAGCGAUAGACCUGAAUCUCUCGCAUCCACCAAUACUAUCACAUCGCGAGCUGUCUCGACGAAAUCUGACUCUGAAUUCCUAAUUUUCACUUAUCUCCUACGCUGGGUACACAGGGAGGGGCGUACGGGAGAUUUGGCGCGUGCUGCCAUCUUGAUUCUCUUCGAAGUGAGCACCUCGGAAGACAUCUACGAUGGAGAUGCUAUCACCAAAGAUGCAGCAACAGACAUACGAGCAGCCGUAGCUGAAUUCAUAGUCGAUGGUGAUCUAGCUCAAGUGCUAGCUGCUGGGUUGGGUGCUGUAUAUGGUAUCCUACCCAGCAAUCUCGCUGUGAUACCGACGGAUCCCAGAGAUGAAGACAGGUCGCAUGUGCACCUGUCCAACAGAUCGGGUUUGGUAGAAAAUGUAGAGCUUUCCACCAGCAUUGCUUUCCAGAAUCAGUUGUCAGUCUUCAUUAGUGUGUUCGAAUUCACUGCAGAUAUCACGAAACGUGGUUUGAAGAGCGGUACCAAAUAUGGUGGAGCUGUUGCAGAGAAUGUCUUGCGCGCUGUCAGAGUCAAUUUUUUCACUAAUGUUCUCUACCCCUCCAUACUCGAGUGCUCGUCGAUCGACUACUCGGCCGUGGCUGUAAUAACGUAUCUCCAAGUCAUGCUACAGUGUGUGAAGAGCGGCGAUCCACUCGCUAAUACGUUGCUGCAAUACCUCUUUGCAGAAGAUGACAGCAUGCUCAAUGAUACCACCAGCAGCACCGAAAAUACUCCCACUAACAGCACCGAAAGCACUUCCUAUAAAACCAACACCAAGCCAAAGAAACAUGAAAGACGUAGAAGCACCGCUCUCGUCCUCCUCCAAAAUGAAAACGCGGCAAAUUUUAAAAACACCAAUUACGUUUCUUCGUACGGAAGAUUCACGUUGAAAGAUCUCAUCAGCAUUAAUCUCAAGUCGAAUAAUAGUGCAACAGGCGUAGCUGCAAUGAAACUGUUCAGCUACUUAAUAUACGCAUAUGAUGAUGUAUGUCUCAAGGAGAUGGUCAGCAUUAUACCCAACAAAGACGCCACUGCAUUCCCCUAUUUCCACAGGAUACACAUGCUCAUGAAGGACAACGACCAUUACCGCAAGCUAGAAGAGAGUGAGGGUGAGAGCGGGAGUAAGAGCGAGAGCAAGAACGAGAAUGUGUUUCCUAUACCCCCGCCAAUGCGCAAUGUUGAAGCGGAUGACGAUGAGUUGACAAGCUAUCUCGGGCUAGUGGGGUCGAUUGAUGUACAAACCACUAAAGAAAUGCUCUCUUCUGGCUAUGAGAGGUAUUUAGAUGAUGCACAGGCUCUUAUCAUGUCACACCCGCAAUUCAAGCUAGGAAGUAGGGGAGAUGUGCGUGAUGAUGAAUUGCAAUUCCAACACAAGCUCGACACCAAUGACAGAUUGCUCAAGUUGACAGUGAAAAACCUUCGCAACUUUUUCACGCAGUCACCAGAAACCAACAUUGCGCUUUCGGGGACGUUGGCAGCGCUCGCAUCGAAUCCACGUCGUUCGUUGGAGGGCUUCAUGACGCAAUGGUGGAGAGAUGAAGACGAUCCGUAUGCAGAUGAUCUCAAAAGCGCAGUUGAGAAAACACCAAACUCACCACCCAUGAUCCUCCAAACGCUUACCGAACUCGUCGAUCAGAUAGAAGACUACAGGCUGCAAGCGCGCAACAAUAUUUCUUCGCAAGACCUGGACUACAGUUUGGGGGAGAGGCGGAAAGGAAUGCUCUUUAAGGAGAAUCUUCAAGAUGCAUUGACAUUGCUCGACAAAGACGAACCCGCACAGCGGAACGACCUCGUACGACAAUUUGAAGAAGGGGUCGGUAAAGCGGUGAUGCAGCUGCACAACAAGCGCUUCAAUCAGCAACGCAAAAAGACAUAUGGGGAAAUAAACAAAUUAUCACACAGACGAUACCAGGAUUCGAUUGAUACCGAGUUCGAGAGACGCGUCGAGAGAGGCAAUAGCUGGGGAAUCAGCAAUCUCACUGCGAAGGCGGAUCAGUUUAUCAGACAGCCUAAGACGCGCUCGGCGACUACAUCACUCGCUGCUCUUUUCACUGGAAAAAAGGGACAAACAGAGCAGAAUGUGAAUACUUAUAAGAAUAAUAAGAAACACAGACAGGUUAGCGCAUUUGAUGGACCGGCGACGCCUUUCUAUGACCACUACAAGCAGACUGAACAGUGUCUGAUUAUACCGAAAGUCGUCGAGCGCGUGCAGCGAGUCGGAGACAGUAUACUUGAAGACGAUGAGAAGGGAGAGCAAGAUGCUGCUGUCAAGCCAAUCACGCUCUCCGAUAUACUGGACAACGUUGUGAUAUUGGAGGAAAUGCUCAAAGACCUCAUUGCUAUCAUGCAGAUACGCAGAUCGAACGGGAUAGAUUUGGUUUGUGUUUUGUAA